AGACACAGGAAGAGGAAGUCCCGCCCCGCCCCUUUUCUCCGAGGCCGGAGCUACGCGAGCGAGACGGGAGUAACGCGGAGGUUGCAGCUGCCACCAUGAGCCUCCUCAACAAGCCCAAGAGUGAGAUGACCCCAGAGGAGCUGCAGAAGCGGGAGGAGGAGGAAUUUAACACGGGUCCACUUUCUGUGCUGACCCAGUCAGUCAAGAACAACACCCAGGUGCUCAUCAACUGCCGCAACAACAAGAAACUGCUAGGCCGGGUGAAGGCCUUUGACAGGCACUGCAACAUGGUGCUGGAGAAUGUGAAAGAGAUGUGGACUGAGGUCCCCAAAAGCGGCAAGGGCAAGAAGAAGUCCAAGCCAGUCAACAAGGACCGCUACAUCUCCAAGAUGUUCCUGCGUGGGGACUCCGUCAUCGUGGUGCUGCGGAACCCGCUCAUCGCUGGCAAGUAGGCGCCGCCUCUCUGCUUUCAGGACCCGCUCC